GAGUUUAUCCUUUGUUGCAAAGGGCAUCAUAAAUGGCUGAAAUUCUUGCUAGUGCUGUUACCGAAGCUUUGAUCAGCAAACUGAUUUCGAUUGUUUCAGAUGAGGUUUAUCUGGUUUGGGGUGUCAAAGAUGAAAUGAAAAAACUCCAAGCUACUUUACUUACUAUUCAAGCUGUAUUAAGUGAUGCAGAGAAGCAGCAAAUAGAGAAAGAUGCAGUUAAAAUCUGGUUGACAGCACUUAAAGAUGCAGUUUACGAUGCCGAAGACGUACUAGAUGAAUUCGCAUAUGAAGCUCUGAGAUAUCAUGGUUCAACUCGGAACAAGGUAAAAAACUUUUUCUCGCUUUCGAAUCCGAUUUCGUUUCGUUUCAAGAUGGGUCAUAAGCUUAAAGAUGUCAACAAAACAUUGGAUUUUAUUGCAAGGGGUAAAGACAAAUUUCAGUUUAGUGUUGCCGGUUCUGGUAGUAGUAUGAUUAGUGCUAAUGGUCCGAAAAAUAGAGAAACCCACUCGCUUGUAGAUGAUACAAUAAUUGUUGGAAGGGAACAUGAAAAAUCGAAGAUAAUAAACUUGUUGAUUGAUAAUUCUGAUAAUCAUCAAAGGGUUUAUUCGAUUGUUCGCAUUGUUGGCAUGGGUGGAGUUGGCAAGACCACACUUGCUCAAAUUAUUUAUGGGGAUGCGCUUGUAACAAACCAUUUUGAUAGGAAAAUUUGGGUAUGUGUUUCUCAAAAUUCUAAUCAGAAGGAAGUUCUUGGUAAACUAUUGGAAAUGAUUUUGGAGAAGAAGGAUGGUUUUUCUAGCUUGGAACUUAUAGUAAAUAAACUAAAAGAACAUGUUCAGGGUAAGAAAAUUUUGAUAGUACUAGAUGAUAUGUGGAAUGAUAAUAACAACGAGUGGGAUGAUAUGUUUAAAAGUUUGAUGCUUAUAUGUUCUCUUGGAAGCAAACUAAUGGUGACUACGCGAAGUUGCUUCGACAUUGAGUUCUUCAAUUUUACAUCGUUUGGAAGGAUUACCCCAAGAAAAGUGCUGGUCUUUGUUCGAGAAAACUGCAUUUCAGCCUGGAGGAAUAGAAAAGACCAAACUUGAUUAAAAUAGGUAGGAAUAUCUCAAACAAGUGUGGAGGUGUGCCUUUAGCUGCCAAGAUUAUUGGGGGUUUGAUGUCUAAAACAGAUGGAGUGAAGUGGCAAGCAAUCACAGACAAUGACAUUUGGGAUCUCCAAGAAGGCGAAGAAAAGGUAAUAAGGGUAUUGAAGUUGAUUUGUGAUCAUUUUGAACCACAUUUUAAGCAAUGCUUUUCAUAUUGUUCUUUAUUUCCUAAGGAUCACAUUAUUAAGAAAGAUACCCUUAUUCGAUUGUGGAUGGCCGAGGGGUUCCUCAGUCACGCAAGAGGAAGCAAAGGGAUGGAAAAAGUUGGUAAUGAGUAUUUUAGUAUUCUGUUAACAAAUUCAUUUUUUCAAGAGGAGCAGAAAAACGGUGGAGGUAUAAAGUCUUGUAAGAUGCAUGCUCUUCUACAUGAUCUUGCGCAAUCUGUUGUUCGGACUGAAUAUUGCUCAAUGGUUGAUGUCAGUAGGAGAAGCGAAAUGGAAAUUAGGAGACUCCGCCGUGUAUGUUUUUCUUUUGAGAACGAAUUCUCGAGAAUUCCUGAAACCAUGUACCAGCUGAAGAAACUGCGUACAUUCAUUUGCUCUACACCAAAAUUCAUUACUAAGAGCAGUGCUAUGCAAAUUUUCACAAAUUUUAGUUGCUUGCGCGUGCUGGGUUUAAGAAACAGUGCAAUCACUGAUUUCCCGUCUUCAGUUGCCAAGUUGCAACAUUUGAGGUACCUCGAUCUCUCAAAUUCUGAAAUAACAAGUCUGCCAGAUUCUUUCUCUAGUCUUUACAAUCUGCAGACCUUGGUUCUCAAGAACUGUUUCAAGCUUAAAGAUCUUCCUCAGGGCAUGAGUAAACUAAGUAGUGUGAGACAUCUUAUAAUUUGCAAAACCCGAACUAAUGAAUGGAUCCCUCCGAUGCCAAGUCAGUUGAGAAAUUUAAGUUGCCUCCACUAUUUGCCGUUAUUUAUUGUUGGAAAUAAGAAAAACGGGUUUGGUAUUGAAGAGUUGAGAGACCUCAAUCUCCUUGGUGGUAAACUGCAAAUUAAUAAUCUAGAGAAUGUCAUUGAUGGAAAAGAUGCUGAAGGAGGACAUUUGAAAGAAAAACAAGAGAUUCUUCGAUUGGAACUACAUUGGAUGGCCAGGAUGGGUAGUGAAAGUUGUAGCGUCGUUGAUAAUUUGGAAGUGUUAGAAGGUCUCCAGCCUCACCAGAACCUUAAAAGGCUGGGAAUCCACAAUUAUGUAGGUUCACAAUUUCCCUCAUGGAUGACGAGCUCCAGUAAUUUGCUUCCCAACCUGGUAAAUGUUGUUCUAAAAUAUUGCAGUAGAUGCCAGCAGCUUCCCGCUCUCGGGCAACUUCCUUUUCUCAAAUUUCUCCAUAUAGAAGGACUCGACGCGGUGAAAGGUAUCGGAAGUGAGUUCUAUGGUAGUAAUAUUAGCAACGCAUCUUCUUUCCCCUCUUUGGAAGAUCUUUCUAUAUUUCGCAUGGUUAACUUAGUAGAAUGGUCUGACCACAUUUCAUCAUCUUCUUCUUCUUCUUCAAGUUUUUCUCGCCUUCAGUGGCUCAAGGUCAAGUUAUGCCCCAAGUUAACAACAAUGCCAACUUAGUUUCCAUCUCUUAAAGUGUUGGAGUUUAUUGUGUGCAAUGGCAAAGCAGUAAGGUCAUUAGUGGAAUGCAAUUUAACAUCUCUCACAUCUGUUUUUAUUGAAAAAUGUGAGGAACUUGUGUUCCUUCCUCAGGGAUUGCUCAGAGAAAAUAACAUUCUUCAAAAGCUUGGAGUUAAUAAUUGUCGAAACUUUGAAGGCUUUAAUUCCGGUCAAGGCCUUGAAGAGGAGCAGCAGCAUAUUCAGCUGCCUCCUAAUAAUUCUCUUCAUACAUUGAUGUUGUUGGGUUGCCCUUCUUUGAGCUCCUGGCCAAGUAUCCAUGGAUUCAACUCACUCUCAUUUUUAGUUAUCAAAGGUUGUAAAAGACAGAAGUCUAUGCUCACUGGAAUAGAAACCCUUCCCAAACUUGAAUAUCUAGCUAUUGGUCCAUUUUCGGAGGAGUUGGACUCCUAUCCUUUUCCUGCAGCCAACAUUGAACAAGAAGCAUCUGCAGGCAAUUACUUUCCAUCCCUUUGUUCAUUGCAAAUUGAUGGAUGGUCUAAACUCAACUGUCUUCCAGAUCAAAUCCAAUACAUCUCUUCUUUGAAAGAUUUGUAUAUAUUGGAUUUUCCUUCUCUGGAGGUUUUGCCUGAGUGGUUAGGUAACUUGACUUCUCUUAGGGAGUUGAGGAUAUGUGGCUGCAAAAAUCUGAAUUAUAUGCCUUCUCUGGAUAAGAUGCCAUGCCUCACCUCACUACAACAACUUAAAAUCAGAAAUUGUUCCCUCCUGGCGGCUAGAUGUAAACAAGGAGGAGAAGAGUCCAACAAGCUAUUCCACAUUCCCAAGGUUGUUAUAGUUGAUGAAUGACAUCAAAAGUCCCAUAUGAGAUUUUCCCUUUUCAUGGUUGCUGAAGCUUAAUCUGUACCUGAAUGAUUAAUUGCCCAACAGCAGGGUCCAAGAGCAAAAACCAAGGAGAAAAAUCAUACCCAAAGGCUCCUAGGCUUCCUCAAGUGCCCUUUUCCUGCUUAGUUCUGUACACUGUACUCCAUCCUCCGGCCCUUCCACCUCUCACUGCUCUGAGCCUCAUCAUAUCCCCAUCAUCAGCUGCAUAGCUAUGCAUAUCGUGACCUGUUGGAACAGGUUGUGGGGUCAUGCCUGUUGGUUAUGGUUGACCUAUGCCCCAGUAACUACAGGCACAUACUGCCCCUGCCCAAUAAAACCUUGCCCAUCAGUUGCAUCACUCUACAUGGCAACUCCUCCUUUGCUUGCUUGUAGUGCUGUUGCUAACUCCUCUGCCUUGCGAGCUUGAGAAAGACUUACCUGUUCAGCAUUGGGAAAUUGAAGCUUCAAUAGAAGCUACAUGUGGUUUGCCAUGGUAAUUGGUACCCAUAUGCAUCAUAGCUGCAGUUGCUCAACGGUUCGAGAUGUAAGUUCGCAAUUCUUUCUGCUGCUGGAUAGGCUUGGGUGAGCAGACCCAUCCCACCGGACCUGCCUCAUGAGCAGGGACAAGAAGGGUUCUCCAAGGUUACCCUUUUAAAACUAUACUACAUGAAAUUGUAGUGUAUUCGUUAGGAAAAUAUGUACUAUUUUUUAGUCAACGCCAGAAAUUAGAGGGACACAGUUCACUCAAAUGGAGCAAAUCAGUGACAAAUAUUAUGCGACUGAUAAAGUUGAUAAUUAAAUAACACAAUAAGAAGUCGAGCAGGCAAAAUUAAAAGAGCUGUCA